AAAUUAAUUCAAUUGAAACUUUGUCAGAACACACAUAUUUGAGAUGUUCAACCCCUAAAGAAUUCAAUUCAGGCCCAAUCUUCUCCCCUAGACAGAGAAAGCUUGGGAUAGAGAGAAGGAGAGUGACUCUUCAGGAAAGAUAAUAUAACAACCACAGCUUCCUACUGCCAGCUCGAAUAGAUAGGAACAAAGUUUGGGAUUCCCUCCAAUAGUUUGAAUUAAGAAGAAAGUGGCGUAAAAUGGGUUAUCUCUGUGAUUUCUGUGGGGAGCAAAGGGCGGUUGUGUACUGCCGUUCGGACGAGGCCAGCUUGUGUUUGUCCUGUGACCGCAAAGUGCAUUCUGCGAAUGCCCUCUCGAGACGCCAUUCGCGCACUUUAGUGUGUGAUUGGUGCUGCCGCCAGCCAGCCCUCAUCAGGUGCGUUGAGGAGCAGAAAUCCCUGUGUGAGUGCUGCGACUGGACGUGCCACGUCAGCUUGGGGACUGCUCACACAAGGCAGCCAGUCAGCUGCUACUCUGGAUGUCCCACGGACGAUGAGCUUUUCAUGGUUUGGCCCUUCCUAGUGGACCUUCUGUUCCUUUUGGGUGAGGACUCGGCCUGCGAGCAGAGGAUGAAUUUGAUGAGCAUUUCCGAUGACACGUGGCAAGAUGCCCGGGGAACGAGUGGUCUCGAGCCAUUUAAGCCGCCUGAUGAUGGGCUUCUCAAUGUUGAUGUGGCAGCUGGUGGAGCUUCUAGCUCUGUUACGGGCAAGGAGCCUGCGGGAUAUGCUGGUGCUGGUAUCUUUGGUAACAUGGAUGAGGCCGACUUGAGUAUUGAGAAUUAUGAAGAGCUUUUUGCUGAGGCUCUUGAUAAUCCGGGACAGCGUUUUGAUAAUAAUGGGAUUGAAGGGAUAUUUAAACCGACGAACGUGUCUGGUUUCGGGACUCAGGAUGCUUCAGUUGCUCAGAGGCAGCACAAAUAUGUCUUGGAUCAGGCUAAACUCCUAUUGAAGAGCAAAGAUGAACAAAAGGAAACUCCUCCACCAGAAGGGUUCAAGAUAAAACCGGCAUGCAGUAAUGCAACAUCAGCAGAUUCUAUUAGCUGUAAAACUGAUCCCAACAUAUAUUUCACGAGUCACGGGCAGUCAAGCAUCUCUUUUUUGGGCCCCACAGGGGAUAGCAGUGUGGGAGAUUACGAUCCGGAAAGGUCCAUAGCCCCUUCUAGCAGGAAUGAUGCUGUCAUGCGUUACAAGGAGAAAAAGAAGUCUAAGAAAUUCGAGAAGCAAGUAAGAUAUGCAUCUCGCAAGGCCAGAGCAGACGUGAGGAAGCGUGUGAAGGGCCGCUUUGUGAAAUCCGGUGAUGCUUAUGAUUAUGACCCUUUAAGCCAAAGCCGAAGCUGCUGAGUAAAGCUUAAAGUAGCUUUUUUAAUCGAGGGAGGAGCAUAAUAAACUAUAUAUUAGCGUUACUUAAAGAACAAAAUGCGUGCUUUGCCCUUGCAAACCUACAGUUCAUCUUGUUAUUUUUAUGGGGUUAAAAGCAAAGUAGCACUGGAGGUGACAAUGUUACGAUAUAAUCGUGUUAUGUAGCUUUAUUCUUUCAAACACUUGUUCUGAUUUCAGGAUU